ACUUUUAACGUGCAGUGCAAAAUGUCUAAUGUAUGACUUCGCAUGAAAAAACUUGCGAAAUCUCUUCUGAAACAGGUUGUUCAAUCAACAUGAAAAGAAGGAGAACAUUUUCCAGCAAAGAAUUUCCCGCAAUGAGUGAAGAAACCAGAGAAAAUUAUGCAAUAAAAACGAAUGAAGGAAAGAAACAUGAACUGUAUUUAUUUUCAUGUGAAAUUCUUUCACUGAGAAAUAUUUACACGUCGAACCAAUACCUGCACACUUUAGUUAUUAUUGGACAAUCAAGUAUCACCUCUUUAAAUGGCAUCUCAAAAUUGAUAAAUCUGGAAGAACUGUGGAUUGUCGAUUGUGGAUUAAAAGAUAUUGCUGAUCUUGGAAAAUGCGUAAAAUUAAAUAAACUAUAUCUGUAUUCCAAUGAAAUAGAAGAAAUCCCUGAUUUAGCGGAUUGUUCGAUGUUGACGAUACUAUCAUUAUCAGGGAAUAAUAUUUCUAACAUAAAAAGGCUCGAAACAAUUACACAGGUAGAAGAACUUUGGUUAGGUAAUAAUAAAUUGAAGAAAAUGGAUAUUACCAUCUUUUCAAGAAAUUCUCAAUUAAGAUAUAUUAAUCUCGCUGGAAAUUUAUUGUAUGAUUUGCAGAUUCGAAAACACCAACUACGCAUGAAAAUAAGGUACUGUGAAAAUUUAGAGUUUACUGAAUAUACAUCUAAGACUCAAAACACGUUGACGAAAAUUUGUCAAACUGUUAUGGAGGAAUCGAUAUGUCCUGCUGUAAGAAAGAAUUUAGGAAUAACGGGAGUACGAUUGCAUAGAAUUACAAAAGCUUUUAAUAAUGGGAUCGAUUUAUAUCGAUAUUGGAAAAAAAAGGAUGAAUACUCAACAGAGGAUAAAAAUGUUACUUUAAAAAUUGUAUCUCACCCAGUCGGAGUAAAGAGAUUAAAUGAUUGGCCUUUUGACAUUUUUGAAUAUGAAUUUCUAAAUACGGAAGAAGAAGUGUUGAUUACAGACUGCCUGGGAUUAGCAGAUGCAAAUUGGCUUUCAAAAAUUUCAAAUGAACAAUACAAAAAGAUGGAACGCACGUCAGAAACAGGAAGUACACAUCGUAUUUGUGUCUUUGUGCUCUCUCCAAUCUCUAUCCUCGCAGACAAGAUGAAUAACAGUGAUAAACAUUAUGUUGCGCACAAUGAUUCAUCAGGUGACACUUGUUUUGAAUAUUCUAUAAACAAUCCAGAAAAGAUAAAACCAAUACUCGCUGUAGAAUAUGAAUAUAUAUUUCAAAUGGACGAAGAAGAUAGUAAUAUGAUAAUUGUUGUUGAGGGAUCAGAUAAAUUAAUAAAGCAGCCAUCAUUGUGGAGUCAUCUGACCAUAAAUAAUAUAUGCCAAUGCCUCAAUGUAAAACAAGAUGAAAUUCAGAACUUAGUAACCAUAAAUCUAAUUGGCGGAAAUAUCUCUACGAUGGAUAUUCCGAUAAUUUUACCAAAUUUAAGAGAACUUAACGUCUCUUAUAAUCGUUUAACAUCAUUACCAAACCCACAAUUACUUGAAUAUAUUCAAAAGCUAGAUAUUAGCUUCAAUCAUAUAAAGUUGUUGAACUUCAACCGAAAUUUAUCAAGGCUGGAGAACUUGGACGCUUCAUGGAACAGAUUAACCAGUUUACUAACGAGUAUAGAAAAUUUGCAAAGUUACACGCAAAAUUUGAACAACCUAAAUUUGAAGAGUAAUCCCUUCAACGAUAUCAUGGAAUCGGAACGCUUAAUAUUAUUCAUACAAUUCAGUGGCUUGACAAAACUUCAUUCUUUAAAUGAAAUUUUACUGGAAGACUUUCAUGCGCGUCAAUAUAUUUCCUGUACGAAAAAUAUAUUUGAUAAAAUUGAAAGCAGAUUUCAAGGCAUUAAUGCAUACAGUCAAGAUGUUAUUUGUGAAAUCAAUCAAGGCCUAACGACACCUUUGACAAUAUCGAACAAAAACUUUGAACUGGUGAAGUUUUUGGAGUUAUCAAACAAUCGAAUUAACCGAUCAGAUUUUCUUAUCGAAUUUAUUGCCUUGGAGGAAGCAAACUUUUCCAAUAAUUUGUUAAGGAAUAUAUUGUUUAAAAUUCCUUUAAAGCAUUUGGUUAAAUUGAACCUAAGAUCAAACUUGAUUUUAUCAUCGGAGGGACUGACGCAAAAUAAUCUCCCGGUUCUAAAGUAUCUGGAUUUGACUAAUAAUUUCAUAAAAACAUUACUACCAAUGGGAACAUUCAAAAGUUUGAAAAUAUUUUUUUGUUCGCAUAAUCGUAUCAGUAAAUUAAAAGCUAUACAUAAUAUCAAGAAUUGGAUGGAGUUACAACUAAUAGACCUCAGUAACAAUCCUGUGGAGUCUAUUGCUCUGUUCAAAAAAUUCCUCGUCUUUUAUUUGCCCACUAUUCAGUACAUUUCUGGAGAACCUGUACAAGAAUCAGACAUUAUAAAAGCAAGUAGAACAUUUGGCCAUCUUCUAGACAGAAAUAAACUAAUCUCUAUGCACAAUGAGAACGAAUUAACAAAUAUCAAGCAACUCAGUUUGGUUUGCUGUUCCAUCAAAAAGGUAGAUCUUCCAGCAGACAUUCUACUGAAUUUGGAAAGUCUAGAUUUGAGUAAAAAUCAAAUAAAAUCUCUAUGGGGUUUACAUUUACUACCCAAAUUGCAAACUUUAUGCAUGAGUUACAACCGUGUAGAAGAAUUUGGUCAAUUACUCAAGACAAAAGAAUUCAAUUUAGAAAAUAAUGCAUUUCCUUCCCUAUGUACAUUGCACUUAGAUCAUAAUGGUAUGAAAUCCUUGGUGGACAUGAAUUUUCAAAGAAUGCAUUUACUAAAGUACCUUUUCUUACAACGUAAUAAUCUUCAGGAUAUAGAUGGAAUUCAACUUUGCAAGACUCUGGAAGUCCUGAUAGUCGACUACAAUAAUAUUCGCAUGAUAACAGAGGAGAAUUUUCAUUUGCAUAAUAACAUCAGAAUGUUAUUUCUAGAAAAUAACAGAAUAAAAUAUCUUCACUUCGUGAACCGAUUACCGAAGAUGGCGCAACUAUUUAUGGCGAAUAACAGGAUAUCGGGCAAAGAUGAAUUAAAAUAUCUCGUAUGUCUGGAGAAUCUAAAAGAGCUUACACUCCUGGGGAAUCCAUUGUGCAAGAAGGCAAAUUAUUAUAAAUUUACCCUGAACAUUCUCAACAAACUGAAACAUCUCGACGGCCACUCAGUUCUUUUAAAAGAUUAUUAUACAGUUGAAUGAAAUCUUACGAGUUCCAAUUAAUAGUAGUAGCUUAGAUUGUUCCCGCUAAACGAAGAAAAAUUUAAUUCUGUUAUUACAGAUCUCUACGUAUUCUGCUAGCUGUGAGAUAUGGGAACUGUGCUGGAUAUACGAGUACAUUUAUGAUUGAUGAUAAAGAAUUAAGAAAAUUUUCGGGAAAGUUAUUUAGGAAAGACUCUCAUGAAUUAUACAAAUAUGUAACAAUAAAUUAUCAAGGACAUACGACAUCGAGAAACUCUACGGAUGAAGCACCAUUAACGUAAGAAUAUGUUUACCACAUGAAUAUUAUAAGAUACACGUAAAGAAGAAGAUGUGACCAAAGAAGAGAACACGGAAGAAGAUGCCUUAAUUGAUGCAAUUUUAGCCACUGAUGUAAUGGCUAGUACUAUGGAUUUUUUAUCAAAUAAGGGUUUCUUCAAUAAAGAUUU